AUGAGUUGGUUAUGGAACCUGCUUACCCCAUCAAAGUCUAAGCCUCCAGCCACGCCUUUGAAAGAUACUGCAGAAAAGGACAAGGAGAACAUUAAAGAGGAAUAAAAGGUUGAAAAAUCCAAAUUAAUAAAAGAGUAGCAAUAAGGGGGAUUAAGCGGUUUGAGCAAUAAUGAUAAAAUUUUAAAAGAUAAACAGCUUAACAAUCUUGAUAAAGUGAAAGGAAAUCAGCAAAUAAAUUUAGAAAAAUAGAAGUAUUAGAGAUAGAUAACAGCAUUAACCACGGAGGAGACAGAGGAUAACUAUCAGGAUUAGGAAUCACAGAUAUCGGGUGAAAACAAAUAAUAAAUACACAUCGAAUCUAGAUCCUCAAAAAGUGACUCAAAUGAGUACUUGCGUAAAAUGGAGCAAUUGAAAAAAGUAAUUCUAGAAUGCUUCAACAAUUAUUAGAUUAUCUCAGAGCCACUGCAGGAUCCAGAAUCUUAUGUGGAGUAGCUCAACUCUAAAAAGAGAAAGGCUGAAGAUUAAUUAUUUGAAAUAGAGGAGUUAAGUUCAGGUACGAAUAAACGAUAAAAACUAAAUUAAUCUUCUUAAUACUCGAAAAUUCGUUAAGGAGGCCUCUAAUAUGGAGAUACUCCAUACAGACUAAAGAAGGUAAUUUUGAUGGAAGGCGAAACAUUCUGGGAGGUUGAAUGGAUUUAGAAUCCUGACAAGCAAUCUAUAGUGGUUGAGCAAUUAGAAGACAGCUAUGAAAGACAAUCUAACUUGAUGAAAUGGAAUGAGAGUGUAUUUCUUGAAUUAAAAUCUUAAUUUAUUGUUACUAAAAAUCAAAAUAUGUGA